UCGCCAUCAUAUUUAUACCUCUCAUGACACUCUCUGUUUCUUUGAUUCUAUAAUUAAUUAAUUUCUCAUACACAUCCGAUUUGAUUCAGCUCCACUGAUAUGGAUACAAAUAAUGAGUUUCAAGAAUCAGUGAGCCACUCAUGUUCAGAGAAUAUCAACAUCAAGUAUAACAUAGCAUUUUUCGAAUGCAAUAUUUGCUUCCAUUUAGCUCAAGAUCCUGUUGUGACACUUUGCGGCCACCUCUUUUGCUGGCCAUGCUUAUACAAAUGGCUGCAGUUCCAUUCAUACUCACAUGAAUGCCCUGUGUGCAAAGCCCUUGUAGACGACGAUAACUUGGUGCCUAUUUAUGGAAGGGGAACAUCAGGGUCGGACCUUAGGGAUGGCAUUCCUAGCCGCCCGGCUAGCCAGCGGCCCCAAACGGCUCCAGCACCAGUGUUAACAUAUUUCCGCCAAGAUGGGUCUGGUGCGCCAGGGGGGUUCGUGCCAAUGGCUGCUGCAAGGCUGGGGGACUUAACUAGGACUAGUCUUUUUGGUGCCAUUUCAUCUCUUUUGAAUUUUCGCGUUGUUGAUUUUGGUGACAUGAGUGGUUAUGGAGAAACUAGUGGAGGUCAUUAUAUGUUAUCAUCUUAUGCUCAUGGAGGUUAUGCUCAAGGUUUUCAUCAAUACUCGAUUCUUGUAGAAGGAACUAAAUUGGUCUUCUUGACGAUAUGUUUCUUGUUCUUCGGUCUUCUUGUUGUACUUAUGGUUAUUUCGUCUUCGGUGAUUUCGUCUUGAAUCUUGUUUGUGUGUCUUAGUAUGUGUGGUAUGUAUAAGUUAAAGAGUCAAGUCAUUGUAUUUUAACUUCCUUGAAGUAAAGGGAAGGAAGAAGCUUUAGUUGUUAAAACCAACUUUUAAAACCGGUCAUCUUAUCAGUUCA